UAUCUAUGUACAUGUACAUGGUAUUAUAAACAUCAUACAAAUUGUUAAACACAUAUACAAACUGUACCAAAACAUUGAAUAGUUAAUGCAUCAUGGAUUAUCCCAGCUUCAGUUUUGAAGACAUGGAUGCAUCGUUAUCUAAUUUUCUAGAGGAGACUUUGAGCCGAGUUUCACCACUGCCUGUCACGAAGGACACACAUGUUGAUGUCAAGAAUACAUCACUGGGGCAAAAGCUGGUCAAUUGUCCGUCCUCUCAGCUCAAAUACACCGAUGGUAAAGAAGGUGGCUCUGAAAGAUGCACAGAUAUUGGAGUUGAGACAGUGAGUAAGGCAUCUGACUUUGGAGGUUGUAUGACCACAUUGAUAGGAACACAAGAAGGAGUAGUGACUUCAGAUGAUGACAUACAUAGGUUCAUAGUUGAACACGGAAGCACGGCAAACUCAGGCCAUGAAUUGGAUAAUCCCAACUUCUACACCCUAGAAGCACCUUCUGUUACCAUGGCUACAAGUGAUGUUAAAGGAGUACAAUACGAAAAUAGCUCAGAUUUGUUAAACAUGGGUCAAAAUUCUUAUGGCAGUUUCAGUGUUAAUACAAAUGUGCCACAAGAAUCAAACACUUACACGCAAGGUGAAAAUCACGUGGUUUAUACCACUGGACAUGACUACCAUUCUUUAUCUGCUGGACAAAACACACACAGUCCACUUACUGAGCCUUCUUACAUGGAUAGUGAGCCUCAAGAGGCUGUCUUUGUAAUGGGAGAAACUGAAAUACAUUCCAGUGAACCUACAUGUAUCAGUAUUAUGGAAACCACAACUUCAGAGCAUGAUAUAGACCAGGCAUUAGAUCUCAUCAUCGAUCACAACCGUGACAUUCCAGCAACAAACCAGGCAGAUAGUGAUAUUUCUCAUCAACACUUGUCCAGUUCAUCACUACCACAGUUAUCAGGACAGCCUACUGGGGAAGACGAUAGUUCAAAAAUGAAGCCUAGAGAAAAGAAACGACGAAGACGGGAGAAGAAUCCGGCCCCACCUCCUGAGGCGAUACUGCCCCCGUGUAAAGUGUGUGGUGAAAAAUCGUCAGGCUAUCAUUACGGCACAAACACUUGUGAACCAUGCAAGGCAUUUUUCCGACGCACAUUGAAGAAGAAAGAGGUGGACUACAAGUGUAAAUGCUGCCAUGGCGAGCAGGAAAUAUGGAAACAGGGUCCCUACAAAAACGGCUGCCCAGCCUGUCGCUAUGAACGAUGCCUCACUGUCGGCAUGUCCAAAAACGCAAUCAAAAUUGGAAGAUAUACAAUCAGCCAUAAAACAAGCAAUAUCAAACAAGUAAAAAGCCUGGAGUCCAGAGAAAGAACCAGUCAAGCCGACGGAGCAGACAACAGUCCGGUGAACCUUGUGACCAGUCCACAACCUCCUGAAGAGUCCCAAGGAGACAUUUUAAAUGUCCAAGAUCCACAACCAGGACCAAGUGGUUGCAACACAGAUGAAACUCAGGCCGCGAGAAGCUUGAUUGAGAUCGCUUUUUCCCAGGCGAUUUCACAAACCAGUCCACUAUCCAACGUUGAACUGUCAUCCCCUAUAUCAUCUGCCACCUCCUCGUCUGCCCUAGAUUCAGACUACGCUCUCAGCCCAACCUCCUCCAUCGCCUCCCUAGAACCCUCAGGAUCACAGGGUCGGCCAGUGGCAUCCAUCUCCAAUACUCCAUCUUACCUAAAAUCUGGGAUGACACUGAAAGAGAUUGAUACAACAGUUAAGAUAGUUACAGAGGCUCACCAGAGCACAGGGGUGAUCCCAGAACGAUCAGCUGAUGAGAUCAAGAGGAGGCAGGCUGAGUACCUGGAGAAGUACAAAUUGAAGACACAGCUGUUCGGGGAAAUGAGAGCAAUUUCCCGGGCCGAGUUUGCAGAGUUUUAUAAGGCAACAGGAAUUGAUAUCGAUGGCCGUCAUGGGGAAAUUGAAGCUGCUCUGGAAUUUUUCCAGAAGAGAAUAGCAUUCAUAGUGGCGUUUGCAAAAGCCAUACCUGGUUUCAAGGAUUUGUGUUUGGACGACCAGGCAUCAUUAAUCAAAGUUACCAGAUUUGAAAGCACCGUUAUAAGUGCCUACAAGCAAAUGCUGGUCAACGUUAACAAGUCCACUGAAGUAGUGGUCACUCCAUGGGGUCGGACAUUUCACCUGAGCGAGCUCGAGCGCUUUUUCCCAAUAGACAUUAUCAAGUUAAGAUACAAGAUGGCUGUUCGGCUGAAUGCAUUGGGACUCUCACUACAGGAGGAGGCUAUUCUAAGGGGCAUCGUAGCAAUGUGCCCAGAUCAGUGUGAGUUGAAGGAUAGAGCCAAAGUGGAAAGCAUUCAGGAGAAGCUGUUUGUGUGUUUACAACACAUGUUGAAUGUUCGCCACGGAGGGACGGGAAACCUGCUCUACAAGAUCGUGGACAUUAUCACUGAAUUGCGCACGUUGACAGAACGCGACGCUCAGUUCACUAGAGGGGUCUUCAACGAUAUGAACCCUCAUUUCAAGGAAAAAUUCUCAUUGUUAAGAGAAUUUAUUACCUGAUUAUUGAAUAACAUCAAGUGUGGUCAGACAAUGUAAUGUGAUUGGUUAGCGUUAAGUUAUUCUAUUAUUAAGUUUGUGUUUAAGUCAAUUGGUUUUCAAGUCAUAUUUUCAAGUAAACAGUUACUAUUUUCAUUAUUUUGCUAAUUCUAUUUCAUUUGUAUACAAAGGAUAGCCAGUGUUUAAAAUGUACUAUACUAGGGUUAGCUUAGUAAAAGUGACACUUUUAUUUAAAAUCAAUACAUACACAUGCGUAAAAAAACAAAUUUUAAGUGAUAAACUUGUAACUACUCACUAAAUAAUGCAUUUAUGGAAAACAUUAAUUACUAAUAACAUGAUUGUAACCAUGUAUCUAAUAGCUUAUUUAAAAUCAUACAUUCACAUGCAUAAGAAACAUAAAUUUUAAGUGAUAAACCCUUAACUUCUUAUUAAAUGAUGCAUUUAUGGAAACUAUUAAAUACUGAUAACAAGAUUGUAACCAUGUAUUAAAUAGCUGAAAACAUAAAUAUUGAAUGACUGGUUUGUCCUAAAAGUUGUACAGAGAUCAACUAUCAUCUCAUUAGGAAGAAAAAAACAUGUUUACUGCACUUAAACAUGGUUUUAAUAACUUCAUAAAAAACAUUGUUUUCGAUUUGUAUUCAUGAUUGUCGUUAAAUUAAAACAAUUGUACUUAUUGUGGUACAUAUUAUUUGGGAGUAAGAGUGCAUCUUUAAAAGUUUGAUUGAAUAUUUCUAAUUUAAUUACAGUAGUUUUUUUGGGGACAUUCAGAGGAGGGUGAAAAAGGGGACAACCAGAUUAGGUGAAAUACUGAAAUUGCUGUGCCUCAUAUUUUGUUUAAACUGAUACUCAUAAAAAUGCAUAAUAUUAAGAUGGCAGCUGUAAAAUGCUUUUGAAUUUCAGAUUUGUUUGAAUGAUUAUGUUUUUGUAUUUUACUAUUAAAUUAGCAAUUACUGUAA